CCACAAGACAAGUGUUCCUAACUACUUAUAUAUUUCCUUCAUUUGUAUUAGACAAAGAUGGGGAAGCUUUCUAAGUACGUUGGUGUGUUUGGUGUGAUUCUGGUAUUCUUGGUGAUUGGGCUGGCAGAAUGUCGGAAAAUUGAGAAGGAUACAUUUUCUGAUGAUGGAAUAGGAGGUGGCUUGGGUGGAGGUGGUGGUGCGGGCGGAGGUGGAGGCCUUGGAGGUGGUGGUGGUGCUGGCGGAGGAUUUGGUGGUGGUGCAGGAGGGGGUCUUGGAGGUGGGGGUGGUGCAGGAGGAGGAGUUGGAGGUGGUGCAGGUGGUGGCGGAGGAGUGGGAGGGGGAGCUGGAGGUGGUGCAGGUGGUGGCGGAGGAGUGGGAGGGGGAGCUGGAGGUGGUGCGGGUGGUGGUAUAGGAGUUGGAGGGGGUGCAGGAGGUGGUGCAGGCGGUGGCUUUGGAGGUGGAAAAGGUGGCGGUGUCGGAGGGGGUGCCGGAGGUGGAGUAGGUGGUGGUGCUGGUGGUGGUGCAGGCGGUGGUUUUGGAGGUGGAAAAGGUGGAGGUGUUGGAGGGGGUGCCGGAGGUGGAGUAGGUGGUGGUGCUGGUGGUGGUGUAGGAGUUGGAGGGGGAGCUGGAGGAGGUGCUGGUGGUGGUGCUGGUGGUGGCUUUGGAGGUGGAAAAGGAGGUGGCGUAGGAGUUGGAGGGGGAGCUGGAGGAGGUGCUGGUGGUGGCUUUGGAGGUGGCAAAGGAGGUGGCGUAGGAGUUGGAGGGGGAGCUGGAGGAGGUGCUGGUGGUGGUGCAGGUGGUGGCUUUGGAGGUGGGAAAGGUGGUGGUGUAGGAAUUGGAGGUGGGUCUGGUGGUGGAGGAGGUGUUGGCGGGGGUGCUGGUGGAGGUGCUGGAGGAGGGUUUGGUGGUGGAGGUGGUGCAGGUGGAGGCUUUGGAGGUGGAAAAGGUGGAGGUGUAGGAGGAGGUAUUGGGGGAGGUGGUGGAGCUGGAGGAGGUGCUGGUGGGGGAUUUUGAUGAGAGAACUGAGCAAGCUUAGAAGCAACAUUGUAUUGCAUGUAAUACUAUGCUUGUGUAUGGAUGUAGUACUUACUAAUUAACAAUUGAGAUAAAUAAAGAGCUACAACAUGGCUACUA